AAUAAUUUUUUGAUUGUACAGGACAAGAACAAGCCGCACGACGACUAUAUGGACGCCUACAAGGAGCUCACCACCAACUGGCUGGCCAAGCUAGAGGGCGACAAGUUAGAGCAAGUGUACGAGGAGCUGCUAGAAAAGUUUCCGGGCUACUUGGGCGCGCACGUGGCUUACCUGCACGGGUUGGACGCGCCUUCAGACCCCGCCAAAUUACCUCAUGCCACUGAAGAACCAGACGUGACGACAGCAUGGUGUGAGCAGCUCAUUGCCACUUCUGAAAAGGUUAUAAAAGCGAUAGAUCAAGAAAAAUUAUUAGCGUAUUUGGGAAUGAAAAAUGACACACGUAGCGACGCAAACAAAAUUAAGCAGGAGCAAGAAAAGCAGAAGGGCUACCUAAUCGAGGCGCUGUGCCGGCGCGGGACAGCUUUGUGCCGGCUGCACGCGCUGGCAUCGGCGCCCGCCGCGCGCGAGAAACUCGCCGCCGCGCUCGCCGGCAACCUCAACGACCUGCUCAAGUUCACCGACCUCACCGACGCCAAGGCGAUCCACUACGGCGUGUGGCACUGCUUCACAUUAAAGCACUGGGGGCGCGCCAUCAAGCUGCUGGCCAAGAUACAGGAGGACCGGCCCUCCAAGGAGGCCGAGGAGCGCCUGCUGCAGGCCUACGAUCAGCUCGGCUGGACGCACCUGGAGCGCCACGCGCGCCACGCGCUCCCGGCGCGCUUCCCAGCCGCCUACCGCCCCUUCUGAUGGCCCCGUCUGGAAUACAAGUAACGGCUUCGUCAGGUUGAAGCGU